UUAUCGCCAGGUUACCUUCGAAAAUACGCCGGGACUAUCAGUACGGAAAAAUACGUUCUCCGAGCGAUAACGUAUGUUCUGCCGGUUUCGGAAUCGCGCGCGCGUUUAUUCAGUGCUUCGCGGAUAACUAUAUCUUCUGGAACGGACCAGUGACGGAACGGUUUUGCCGGAAAUUGAGUCCUGAUUGGGAGCGGGCAUUGGGAGUGUGACAUUCGGUGAUUUUUUAGUUUAUGGUGCACUCUUUGUGCGAUUAUCGGCGCCAGGAAGAAGUUAAUUUCUUGUUUUAUCUUGAAGUGGUGCAAGUGUUUGUGGUUAGAGUCGGUGCUGUUCUUAAGUUCGGCAGUGCAUCACUUGACGUGUGCGUUUCAGUGAAAUUUUACGGAAACCAGGUGUAAAAGGUGUAACAAUAGCCAGUGGAGUGGACCGGAAUGCGCAGAAAACGGAAGUGCAAUCGAAGAAGCUAGAAAGGAAUUGUUAGCGACUGGGAGCCAUUUGGCACCUCAAUCGACAAAAAAGGGGUGGGAGGUGUGCCGGGAGGCAGAAAAGUGUAGCGACUGAAGUUGGUCGCGAAUAAGGUGGAAACGAUUAAAAGAAAAUUGUUUUUGUUUGAGACUCUACUGCUGGGAAGAGAGAUUGCAAGGAUCCAGCGAACAAAAGCUACACUCCACAAACGACAACCCUCGAGUUACUAAGCCAAAGUUUGGCAAUCCGGAUACACCAUCCAUAAUUCGUUGCGAUAAACGGUCCGGAACUCGCAAUCAUCCUUCCGCAGUAAAUCCUGUCACAUAACGUCGGUUGGGUGUUUCUUCCUACAUAAGAAGAAAAAAAAAACAUCGAGACGAGAAAAAACACAACACAAUAAGAAUCGAUUCGAAGUGAACAUUGCAAUCGACUGCACCGUCGCCGUCGCGUCAGCACAACUGGGAAGACAGCUCUACUCGAAUCAGCAAUAUCCGGUUCAUAUUGCGCUCGUUUGACUCCCGGGAGGUACGAUUCACAAAGGGUGGACGGGAAACCAUAACGCCGUAGUGGCAAACCCAGUAGAAUCAAUCCGUUGAUGCGGUGCUAAAGCUGGAGGUACAUCAACGUUAUCUUCAUCAUCCGCAGUGGCAGGCGCCCAAUCGCGAUCGUUUGGCUCAACCGCCCCGGAGGACCGACCGCAAAACUCUCAAGUGGAAAAUCAACUGAGUGUAAAAGCACGCGUUUUUCACAAACGCAUUUUGUGGUUUGCGUGUUCAUCCCUAGUCUAGUUCAACAGAUAAAAGCAUCAGCUUUCUCUUCUCACUGGCAGGAACAUUUGAAUGAGCCACGGCGGGAACGGUGAAACGCUUUUAUCCGCUCUCGAAUGGUGAACGAGUGGAUAAUGAAACCAUAAUUUAAUAAAAAAAGAAACAGCCAGCAAUUCGACACCCACUGUGUGAGCCACAUUAUUGGUGCUUACACAGAAUUAUUAAGGGUAAGACUUCCGGAACCGAGCGUGACGAGCGAGCAAACCUUACACAAACAGCAAACAUCUGGCACACGUGUAGAAAAGGCUGACCCCACUUGAAUGGGAAAAAUCAAAGUGCUUUCUGAUUGAACAGGGAAAAAGGAGAAGAAGACGAACAAAAAACAAUCUGCUUGUUAUAUUGUGGUCUAAACAAGCGCAAAUUCCGCUUUUUUUCUGGAUUGCUGAAUAAAUAUCGGGAGUUGGGUGAAGUAUGAUUUCAUCCAGAGUCUUGUUACUAGCGCAACUUGGUAUACGACGCAGUUACAACAAAUGAAGCAAAUCGAGCUUCCAGCAGCAGGUGGAAAUCGUGCUUUGCUGUUAAAAAUAUACUGCAUUUUAAUUCUAAUUUUCUUCCGCUUCAUUCGAUUCCAAUCGUGCGACUGAAUUGUGAGAGCUAGUGAAGCCUCAUUACGGGUGUAUUCCCCCGAAAGGGUUAGGAAUGGGGGCGCAGUAGGAGCCCCGGUUUUUUGCCUUUAUGUAUGGAUCCAACAGUUUUACCACUGUUGUCGACCUUGGUAGCACCGCCGUCGGUACAGUCGAACGUCGUUGUCGCAUCGGGGGCACUCGUUGUAGCAGCUGCGGCAGCAGCGGGCAAUGCAACCGGUGCGACGGUUGCAGCCAUACUCAACGCCACCGUGUCAUCCGGCUUGCUGGAAUACCUUCUUAACGGCAGCUCCAUUCACGCAUCACUGCCAGUUCUUGCGGAUAACCAAGCGCCAGCACAGCUCACAUCAUCAACCAGCUCUCUAACCGAAACUAGCAGCGAGAGUUCCGCCAUCAAAUCCAGCCUUAAUGUUUUAACCUUCCAGACAAUCAUCAUCAGCACCAUUCUACUAGCCGUAAUCAUCGGGACAAUCAUAGGCAACGUACUGGUUUGUGUAGCAGUCUGUCUGGUGCGUAAACUACGACGACCCUGUAACUACCUUCUAGUGUCAUUAGCAAUAUCCGAUCUGUGCGUGGCAUUGCUAGUGAUGCCAACCGCGCUGUUGUACGAAGUGCUCGAAGAAUGGAAAUUUGGGCACGUGUUCUGCGACAUUUGGGUGUCGUUCGAUGUGCUCUCCUGCACUGCGUCAAUCUUGAACCUGUGUGCCAUCUCAGUUGACCGUUAUUGGGCCAUCACCAAGCCACUCGAGUACGGCGUUAAGCGUACACCUCGGCGGAUGAUUGCCCUGAUCGUGCUAGUCUGGCUCGUAGCAGCCUGUAUAUCGCUCCCACCACUCUUAAUCUUAGGCAAUGAACACAUGACCAACGGCCAUCCAUCCUGUUCGGUGUGCCAGAACUUCUUCUACCAAAUCUACGCAACUCUCGGUUCCUUUUACAUCCCGCUGGCGGUGAUGCUGUUCGUCUACUUCCAGAUCUUCCGAGCAGCGCGCCGAAUAGUGAACGAAGAAAAACGAGCGCAGACACGUCUGGACACGGUCGUCAACGGAAGUGCGACACCGGAGAAAAAACUAGGACCCUGCAAAAGUGUCCUGGUCAAUGCACCGCACCAUCACAAGCGGCUUCGCUUCCAGCUGGCCAAAGAGCGCAAAGCAUCGACAACCCUCGGUAUCAUCAUGUCAGCCUUUACCAUUUGCUGGCUGCCAUUCUUUAUCCUCGCACUAGUCCGACCGUUUCUCGGGGACGACCAUCCGACGCUAUCGUCAGUGUUUCUGUGGCUUGGUUACGCCAACUCGCUGCUGAAUCCCAUCAUUUAUGCCACGCUGAACCGAGACUUCCGGAAGCCCUUCCAGGAGAUCCUGUACUUCCGCUGUUCCAGCCUGAACAACAUGAUGCGGGAGGACUUUUACCAUAGCCAGUAUGGCGAACCGGGUUCGCAGCGCCUGGUCAUCACGAACGAUGGCGGGGCGCGGGAAAGUUUCCUAUGAAGCUAGGCUAGUAAGAGCGAUUAGUAAGAAAAAAAACAGUAGUUGUCGAAGCCGACCGGCGGCAUCCGUCGGGCGCUCGGGUUUAGGUGUCGUUAGUAGUAGUAUUAUCUGUAAUAACAGUUAGGCGGUGCUUCUAUUCGGUGAGAACAGGAACCUUCCAGAGCGGCUGGUUGAUAGGGGUGGACGGUGGUGGAAAGGGGAAUCACUACUUCCGAGCCAACGCUCAAAUGAAAUUGCAGUUAUCUAUCGAAUUCAGGAGUUGGUAAGUCGUGCGUCGUAAUUUUGCUUUCAUUGGCGUGAUUUCACUGCGAGGCUCAGUGUUAAAAACGCACUCAAGUCUCCUAAAACACGAUUAUUACAGUUCAUAAAAAACUGUUUAGGGUUGUAGAAGACACAUGUUCAAAAUUUAUGUUCUUGAAAACUCUGUCAAUUCUUCACUUCCCAAUGUUAUUCUAGGAAUCUCUCGCCAUUUCCGGUGUACAUUAUUAAUACCUACAUGAAUGCUUAAAGUAUACUCUAAGAAUGUCAUUUUCCGCAACAUUGAUAAUAUUUUUUUCGACAUAUCUAACAUUUUUGUGAAUUCAUUGCUGAUCGAUUUCACAGAGAACGCAUUACCUAUCUAUCUUCAAUAUGGAUAUUUUCGAGACCAAGAAUGUCCAUAGAGAUAAUCGACCCUAAACGCCAAUUUGAAAUCCAAGAUGGCGACCUCAUGUAUCAGCGAAAUAGAAAUAUGCCAAAUAUAUGCAGGUUUCUCGAGUCGGGUGAUGCCCACAGCCUGGAAGCAAAGAUGACUAGAACAAGAUACCUGACUCUUGCAGAAUUCAUCUAACAUGAUUGUCGCUGCACGUGAGCAAAAGUCGAACUAAUUUAUACACUGUCAAUAUGAUGUGUACUUAACGUCAAAAUCAGCUGACGACAAGGCCAAGACAUGACUGCUGAAAGAUGAAACAAUUUUUUUCAGUAUCCAUGUGGACUAGGGUGGGUCGAUUUAAAAAUCGCUUAGGCACAUAUGAUUUAAGGAUUUUAGGGAUCAAAAUAAGAUACUUUUCUCAAGAAACCAUACCUCUAAAAUGAAUUCUGAUGUCCCUUGUACUAA